UAAAUUAUGUCUGCCUUAAAACAAAUCUCUGAACAGUUAUACUAUCCACGUUUCGUUCACCACAUAGAUGAAUAUGAAUUUGUAUAGUUUUCUUUUUGGACCAUGUGCAGAGUGGGAGAAUUGAACUUCACUUCUGACUGACUUUAAUGUUUUGAUAAUUUUAUAUUAUGUCAGUUAGCUAUGUUCAUUUUGGUUAUAGUUUAGGUCGGUUUAACAGUGAUUUUGUUAUUAAUUUAAAAAUGGAGAAACAAACUCUACUUUUAUUUGCAGAAAUAAUUUAUUUAUGAAACUGGAGGAGUUUAGUCAUAGAAGCUCCAAAAGUGUAAGACAUGAAGUCGCUUACCCGUUUUUUAAAAAGUGAUAUUUAAAUUUAGCUAUUAGUAUUGUCCUCAUGAUUCAAACUCAUCUAUUUACCCGUUUUGCUAUUUUGAUAAUGUUUUGAAACCAAACAAAAGUAUCGCCCAAUAAAAUACAUACCACAUUCGUUUUCUUACUUAUUCACACAAAAAACCAAACUCAAAACUUGUAUCAAAUAGAAUAUAACCACAAAAUCCUGAUCCCGUCAUUACCAAAUUGCCGAUGGAUGUUAAGUUUUUUUUUUUUUUUUUUUUUUUUUUUUUUUUUUUUUUUUUUUAUCUUCCACGUUAAUAGAGAAACCCAAUCGUUGAAUUCCCUGUUCCUUCUCCGUCCACGCCAACACUCCCAUGGCUUCCACUCCUCACUUUCUUCUCUUCCCUUUCUUGGCACAAGGCCACAUAAUCCCCACGCUCGACCUCGCCAAGCUUCUCGCUCGCCGUGGUGCUAUUGUCACCAUCCUCACCACCCCCCACAACGCCACUCGCAACCACUCUGUUUUAGCUCGCGCCAUUGACUCUGGCUUGCAAAUCCAUGUCGUUCAAAUCCCAUUCCCUUGUAACAAAGCCGGUCUACCUGAAGGCUGCGAGAAUAUGGACUUGCUACCAUCAUUUCGUUCCGUCCCCACCUUCUUCAGAUCCACAUUUCUUCUUUACGAUUCAUCCGAUGAACUGUUGCAGCAACUCUGCCCUCCACCUACCGCCAUAAUCUCCGAUAUCUGCCUCCCUUGGACCUUAACCCUUGCUCAGAAAUACAACAUUCCCAGGCUCGUUUUCUACAACUUGAGUUGCUUAUAUUUUCUUUGUUUGAAGGACUUAGAAAUGAAGGGGCCUCUUAUUCAAUCUAUCUCUGAUUCUGAUACCGUAACUUUAGUCGAUGGAUUCAAAUUUCGCAAGGCGCAGCUACCGAAAUCCGUUAACGAAGAUAUGAUUGCUUUUAUUGAGGAAAUAAACAAAGCCGAUAGGAUGUCACACGGCGUUAUUUUUAAUUCAUUUGAGGAGCUGGAGCCUAAGAAUCUUGCGGAGUAUAAGAAGAUAGGAGAAUUACCGGACAGAGUGUGGUGUGUUGGCCCUGUUUGGCUUUGUAACGACGACAAACUCGACAGAGCUUACAGAGGAGACAGAGCUUCAAUCGACGAAAACGAAUGUUCCAAAUGGCUGGACGAGCAGGGCCCAUGUUCGGUGGUUUACGUAGCGUUGGGAAGUCUGUGCAAUUUGGUGACGGGGCAACUGAUAGAGCUUGGAUUGGGAUUGGAGGCAUCAAACAAGCCAUUCAUUUGGGUCAUACGAAAAGGAAAUUUAACAGAAGAGCUAUUGAAAUGGGUUGAAGAGUACGAUUUUGAAGGGAAGAUCAAAGGAAGAGGCGUUUUGAUUCGUGGGUGGGCACCUCAAGUUUUGAUACUUUCACACCCUUCAAUUGGGUGUUUUUUGACGCACUGCGGUUGGAAUUCGAGCAUGGAAGGGAUAACGGUGGGGGUUCCGAUGAUAACUUGGCCGCUUUUUGCAGAUCAAGUAUUCAACCAGACGUUGAUUGUGGAGAUACUGAGAAUCGGCGUAAGUUUGGGGGUGGAAGAGGGUGUACCUUGGGGAGAGGAAGAGGAGAAAGGGAUUGUGGUGAGGAAAGAAAAGGUAAAAGAAGCCAUUGAAAUGGUAAUGGAAGGAGAAAACAGAGAAGAGCUGAAGAAGAGAUGCAGAGAGCUGGGGGAGAAGGCGAAAAUGGCGGUUGAAGAAGGAGGCUCCUCUCAUCGGAACCUCACUCUUCUAAUUCAAGAUGCUCAAAAAAACUUUGAACUAUAAACUAAUUGUAAUUCAAUUAUCUUCUGUUUUCGAUUAAUAUAUGUUUUUCAUGUGAAUAAGAAUACGUAAUUCAACAAAUUCGAAUUCCCAAGUGUUAGAUUGAAA